ACCGCCGGCUCCGCGCGCCUCCACUCCGCCGCCGCGCCGUCUGCCGCGUGCAGUCGCCGGCUGCGCCCCGCGCGGCCGCCUAAGUGGAUUAGUGCGCGACCGCCGGCCGACCCGCCCGUGCUGCGGCCCUGCUGCAUGUCCCACCGAACGCCUAAACAAUUAUAUCGAUCUCCACCGCUACCCUACGACUUUGUGUACGUUCCCACUGAUGGCCGUACCUCCUCUUCCCCAUAUACAUUUUGUAUUUAAUCCUGAUUACUUAAUAGUUAGGUGCCUAAAUCAAAUAAUAUUUUUAGUCAGGUAUCUCAAUAAUAACAAAGUCAAUCUCAAUUCGGCAAAAGCAGCCGAGAUUAGUACCCGAUUAAUAAUAUCUAGUUAAUACAUAAAUAUUUGGAUGCACGGAAUCGAAUAGUGAGAGACUUGAGUGUGUGGUGCGUGGUGCGCAAAGAAUCGUACUCAAGGUGGAGCGACAGCUGUGACGUGCCGAGCGCAGGCUGCACACUCCUGUUUACUAUUCAUCUUCUACGAAUUUUUGCAGCGAAGCUCCGACUUGUGCACCAAACAGAAAGCUCAGGUGGUGAGCGGAGCCUGGAGCCACGAGGCGGCGCGGCAUGUGAGGCGCGCGUGCGCUAGCGGCGCGGCAUGCCGGGCGGCCGCCGGGGGCUCGUGGCCCCGCAGAACACCUUCCUCGAGAACAUCAUCCGCCGCUCGUCGUCGCAGCCAGACAGCAGCUUCCUGCUGGCGAACGCGCAGAUCGUGGACUACCCGAUCGUGUACUGCAACGAGACCUUCUGCAAGAUGAGCGGCUACAACCGGGCCGAGGUCAUGCAGAAAUCAUGCAGGUGCACGUGGAUGUACGGCGAGCUCACGGAGAAGGAGGCGGUGGAGCGCGUGGACCGCGCGCUCGACCAUCACCUCGCCGACCAGUUCGAGAUCCUACUCUACAAGAAGAACCGCACGCCGCUGUGGCUGCUGGUGCACGUGGCGCCGAUCCGCAACGAGCGCGAGCUGGUGGUGCUGUUCCUGCUCACCUUCCGCGACAUCACGGCGCUCAAGCAGCCCAUCGAUGCCGACGACCCCAAAGGAGGGCUGUCGAAGUUCGCGAAGCUGGCGCGGUCGGUGACGCGCUCGCGCUCGGUGCUGGUGUCGGCGCUGCCGGCGCUGAAGGAGCCGGCGCGCGCGAGCCACCUGGCGCAUGUGAUGUCGCUGUCGGGCGACGUGCUGCCGCAGUACCGCCAGGAGGCGCCCAAGACGCCGCCGCACAUCCUGCUGCACUACUGCGCCUUCAAAGCCAUCUGGGACUGGAUCAUCCUGUGCCUCACCUUCUACACGGCCAUCAUGGUGCCCUACAACGUGGCCUUCAAGAACAAGACCAGCGAGGACGUGUCGCUGCUGGUCAUAGACUCCAUUGUGGACGUGGUGUUCUUCAUCGACAUCGUGCUCAACUUCCACACGACAUUCGUGGGCCCGGGCGGCGAGGUGGUGAGCGACCCCAAGGUGAUCCGCAAGAACUACUUCAAGUCAUGGUUCCUCAUCGACCUGCUGUCGUGCCUGCCCUACGACGUGUUCAACGCCUUCGACCACGACGAGGACGGCAUCGGCAGCCUGUUCAGCGCGCUGAAGGUGGUGCGGCUGCUGCGCCUGGGCCGCGUGGUGCGCAAGCUGGACCGCUACCUGGAGUACGGCGCCGCCAUGCUCAUCCUGCUGCUGUGCUUCUACAUGCUGGUGGCGCACUGGCUGGCCUGCGUGUGGUACAGCAUCGGUCGCUCGGACGCCGACUCGGGCCUGCAGUACUCGUGGCUGUGGAAGCUGGCCAACGUCACUCAGAGCCCCUACUCGUACGUGUGGUCUAACGAGUCCGACGGGCCCGAGCUCGUGAACGGGCCGUCGCGCAAGACCAUGUACGUCACCGCGCUCUACUUCACCAUGACCUGCAUGACCUCCGUGGGCUUCGGCAACGUCGCCGCCGAGACCGAUAACGAGAAGAUCUUCACCAUCUGCAUGAUGAUCGUGGCAGCCCUGCUGUACGCCACCAUAUUCGGCCACGUGACCACCAUCAUCCAGCAAAUGACGUCCGCCACGGCCAAGUACCACGACAUGCUGAACAACGUGCGCGAGUUCAUGAAGCUGCACGAGGUGCCCAAGGCGCUGAGCGAGCGCGUCAUGGACUACGUCGUGUCCACCUGGGCCAUGACCAAGGGCCUGGACACCGACAAGGUGCUCAACUACUGCCCCAAGGACAUGAAGGCGGACAUCUGCGUGCACCUCAACCGCAAGGUGUUCAACGAGCACCCCGCCUUCCGCCUCGCGUCCGACGGCUGCCUGCGCGCGCUGGCCAUGCACUUCCAGAUGUCGCACUCGGCGCCGGGCGACCUGCUGUACCACACGGGCGAGUCCAUCGACUCGCUGUGCUUCAUCGUCACCGGCAGCCUCGAGGUCAUCCAGGAUGACGAGGUCGUCGCCAUUCUCGGCAAGGGAGACGUGUUCGGGGAUUCGUUCUGGAAAGACAGUGCAGUGGGCCAAUCGGCGGCCAACGUGCGUGCGCUCACCUACUGCGACCUGCACACCAUCAAGCGCGACCGCCUGCUCGAGGUGCUGGACUUCUACCAGGCGUUCGCCAACAGCUUCGCGCGGAACCUGACGCUCACGUACAACCUGCGCCACCGGCUCAUCUUCCGCAAAGUGGCGGACGUGCGGCGCGAGCGCGAGCUCAUGGAGCGGCGGAAGCGCGAGCCGCAGCUCGAGCAGGCGCAGGACCACCUCGUGCGCAAGAUCUUCUCGCGCUUCCGCCGCGAGCGCUCCGUGGCCGCCGCGCCCGCGCCCGCGCCCGCCCGCGCCACGCGCGCCGCCGACCCCGAGCGCGGCGAGCCCGCGUCCGCGCCCGCGCCCGCGCCCGCCGCGCGGCAAGUGGGGCGCCUGCUGGCCACCGGCUCGCUGGACGCGCCCGAGCCCGCGCGCGGCGCCUUCACGCGCUCGCUCAGCGCGCGCGACCGCCCCGCCGCCGCCGCCGCCGCCGCCGCCUCGCCCGCCGACUCCGCGCCCUCCGUCGCCUCCGCGCCCGCUUCGGCGACCGCGCUCACUCUCAAGGCCACGUUCGCGAAAGGUCGGUCGGCGAGCGCGCUGAGCGUUAGUGGCGCCAGUGCGCGGCAGGACACCAUCGAGGAAGAGCUGGACGAGCGGCGGCCGAGCGGCCCGAGCAGCGCGGGCCCGACCGGCGCAGGCCCGGCCGGCGCGGGCCAGGCCGCCGCCGCCGCGCCCAGCAGCUCGCAUGCGUCGCACGAUGCCGCGCUUGCAGAGCUGCGUCGGGACGUACGAAACGAAGUGCAGAGGCUCCAACAAAAGCUCGGACGAGUGGAAGAGCUUUUGACGAUGCUAGCGUCGCGGCUGGGCGCGUCACCCGGCGAGGCGGGCGCGAGCGGUGCUGCGGGCCCGGCGGGCGGGGCCCCGGCGGGUGGGCCCCCGGCAGGCGGGGCCCCGGUCCCCACGCCCGCCGACCCCGACGUACUGCGCGCCAGCGACGCCAGCACCACCACAAGGAAGCGCCGCUCGAAGGGUCGCAGCAAGGGCGCGGCGCCCACGCCGCCGGCCACGACGCCGGGCGAGGCGCCGGGCAGCCCGGGCGGGGGCCCGGGCGGGGCCGCGGGGCCCGGCGCAGCACAGCGGCGCCGCGACUUCGUGUAGCGCGCGGCGGCGCCCGGCGCGCGGCCGCUGUAGCGCCGGGCGCCGCUCUGUACAUAGACGUACUGUAGAUACCUUAGCACUCGAUGCGAGUAGACACGCUGCGUUUCGCUUGCGGACACCGUGACACGGGACUCGACUGUGGCACCGCGAUGUUGUACCGCGCCGGCGACCUAGCCCAUCGUUACCUAGCACGCGACGACAUUCCGACUCGACUCGAUCGAGUUUCCGAUUCUUUGUUAACUUCUUGGUCUAAUCGAUGACAUGUGUUCAACCCGUUGAAGCAGUGGGAUAGGCUGUCGGCGAUUUGACAUUUCUUUACGGGCUAAACUAAACGAAUUUGUAAAAAAUGUGUACUUAUACUAAGUAAUACCUAAUAUAAUAACUAGAAAAUAUUUUGCAUUUGAAAGCAAUAUAUUUUCCUCUUUAGAAUUUUUUUGAAAUGAUUAAACACUCGUGUGACCACAUAUUUUGUAUGAUAAAGAAUAUUCUCUACUUCCUAGCAAAAGAGCACUGUUCUGCAGUAACGCUAACACUAGUUUAUAAUAUAGAUAAUGAUGAGUGCACACUCGCACAGUCCGGCCGUGUCACUCCGGCACCUUGUUGCAAUUUCUGUGGUAUAAGUUAGUACGCUGCAACGCAAGUGCAUACAUAUCGACCCACCCGACGUUGCCUGUCACGCUGACGGGAGCACGACGCCACCGUCCGGACAGCCUGUUGUAUAGUUAUUGGUUGUUAAUGUUUUUAAAGUUUAUCCGAGAUAUUGUAUUCGUAAGCAUAGUUCGGUCGGGCAGUGGUGCGGGGGGGGGAGGGGAAUGAAACAACGCAAUCGCUUUAAUCCUAACUUUAAUAAUAUAUACAAAAGGAAAUACAUGAGCGGCGCUAGCCCGGCGGCCUGCACCCAGUGUUGAUAGUGCCUUGAGAGCGCCGUGCCCGCGGAGACGUCUCUCGCGCUCUUUCGUCUGUCUCUAACAUAUUACUUAUAAACAAAUUAACAGUUUCGGAUAUUCAAGCUAUUUGUAUUGUUUUAACUGAAUACAAUAUUAAUACUGUAAA